AUGCGGGGCAAGGACGACGAAUACGAUUACCUGUUCAAAAUUGUCCUCAUCGGAGACUCCGGCGUUGGGAAGAGUAACCUUCUUUCUCGCUUCACCCGGAACGAAUUCAACUUGGAGAGCAAAAGCACCAUCGGGGUGGAAUUCGCCACCCGUAGCAUCCAGGUGGACAGCAAGACAGUGAAGGCCCAGAUCUGGGACACGGCCGGGCAGGAGCGCUACCGAGCCAUCACGUCUGCGUACUACCGGGGAGCAGUUGGGGCCCUUCUGGUGUACGACAUCGCCAAGUACCUCACCUAUGAGAACGCGGAGCGCUGGCUCAAGGAGCUGCAGGACCACGCGGACACCAGCAUCGUCAUCAUGCUGGUGGGCAACAAGAGCGACCUCCGGCACCUGCGGGCCGUGCCCACCGACGAGGCCAAGAGCUUCGCAGGUGCGUGA